AUGGAAGCGAACAAUUUGCGCUACACUAGAGUAAAUCAGAAAGCGCUGUUCGCCGAAGCGUAUCAGGGGCUUGUAGACCACAUAAAUCAACAGCUUCAUGUCGAUGAAAUCAACCCCGUCGGUCGCAGGAUGAUUUUGCCUUCGACGUUUGUAGGUGGCCCCCGUUACACGAAACAAUGUUACCAUGACGCGAUGGCCAUUGUGUGUAAAUACGGCAAACCUGACCUGUUCAUAACUUUUACAUGUAACCCUAAGUGGCCAGAGAUCGUUGACAACAUUCCACAUUGGUUGAAAGCUAACGACAGGCCCGAUUUGGUGGCGAGGGUGUUCCACGUAAAACUAAAGCAGUUGAUUCCUGAUAUAACAACUGAUAAGGUGUUUGGUAACGUAGAUGCUUACGUCCACGAUUAA